UAAUAGGGGGCUUAGGAGUUAGGAGGGUUAGUAGGAAAUAGAAACCUCAAAUUCGACAAAACAAGUGCCUUCAACUCAGUACAUGUUAUCUGACUCCUCUGACUUUCCUCCAUCAUCAUCAUCAUUCUCUCUCUCUCUCUCUCUCUCUCUCUCUCUCUCUCUCUCUCUCUGUAAUCUUAUCUCCUUUUAGUUGUUUUUCACUCACCCCUUUAUGGACUAUGGUGGUGAAUGCUAAAAGGAGCAUGCUAUUGCUACCCUUUCGUCUUCUUGGUUCUUUCUGAUUCUCUCUUCCAACUUCAAAGUUGGUAGCAUAACCUGCACAGGAUUUUAUUUUUCUUCUUUCCAGUACAGUACUAUAUGUAAGUGAUAGUAUUAUGGUAAGAUAACCACAGUGAUUCGGUGAGGAAUUUGCUCUGUUUAAUUGCUUUCCCCGAAAGAAGUUAGCUGUUAGUAGAACCAUGAUGACUCCAAAUUUGAACUUGGAACCUGAAAAUUACUCAGAAGGCAGCAGCCAAGUAGCUUCGAGCGUAUCGCUCCAAGAAACAUCCCCUGAACUCAACAAGGAAAGCACCACUGCUUCCUCCUGUCUUACAAAUCUUACAAAGGCCGAAGGUGAUCCCAGCUCCGUGACCCUUGACUUGACACUCAACUUCAAUGCGAGUGACGGCGAGUUAAAGGGUACUAGUGAUGCUAGCAGUGAAGUGGGACCAGAAGCUUUUGCUUCAGGAUCAGCAACUCCCAGGGUGUUCUCUUGUAAUUACUGCAGGAGGAAGUUCUUUAGCUCACAGGCUCUUGGGGGUCACCAGAAUGCUCACAAAAGGGAGAGGACAAUGGCAAAGCGGGCAAUGCGAAUGGGCAUGUUCACCGAGAGGUAUACAAGCUUAGCAUCUCUGCCUCUUCAUGGUUCACCUUUCCGAUCUCUUGGCAUUGAAGCUCAUUCUGCAAUGCACCAAAGACCCAUGCCACAAUUGAGGGCUCCUGAUUUGAGAGCCGGUGCAAAAUUUGAGAGAAACCAUUUUGGAUCACCAAUAUUCAUGGAAGAUGAAGAUGUUGGGCUAUUUUGGCCAGGCAGUUUCCGACAGGUCGGGCAGCAAGCCGGUGUUAACAUGGUACAUGCUCAAACAUCCAAUACUAAUUAUUCUCCUAUGCCACCUGCUCAACCAAAAGCAUCAACAUCUCCGGAUCUCACCCUCAAGCUUUAGAAUUUUUGAGAGAUGAUACAUGCACUGAUGAAACCUCACACAAAGCCUGGCAGUCUGGCACCACCAAAAAUAAGUGGCUGGGGAAGUUCCUCAUUCAUCAUCUUCAAUCCUAACCAUAGCUUCUGGGCCGAUCAUUGUUCUGUUUAUGGGUUUAUGAUGGUUUUGAAUGGCGUGUGUAUCAUCAUCAUCUUGCCUGAAAGAUAUUUCAUCUUGAUUUGAUUCUCUAGAGACAUGGAAAAUUAUUAUUAGUUAAAUAGCGCGCGUGCAUUGUACAGUGAGAUAUGUAUUAUCCAAUGGCGGUGUUAGCUUAUUUGAAUUUCUCAUUAAUUUGGAUUUCACUUCAUUGUUGAUGUUGUAGCUAUUAUUGCUGUGUAAGUUUAGGAAGACAAACUAAAUAAAUGUUCUAUAUAUUUCUACAA